AUGGUUUCAUCUAAGAAACAUCUUUCUUUCUCCUCCUUAAUGCUGGUCUUCUUCUUCGGCUUCCUCUCUCGUCCGUGUCUCUCCGCCACAUUUCUCGUCGAUGGUGUCUCUGUCUGGAAAACUCCCGUUGUCCAUGUCGGAGACUCCGUUAUUUUCAGACACAAGUACGGGUACGAUCUCUACAUCUUCAGGACGAAAGAUGCAUUCAAUGUUUGCAACUUCAGUCAAGCCACUCUUCUUACAAAACCUAACUCCACCUCCUUCACGUGGUACCCAUCAAGAACAGGCUCUUACUACUUUUCUUUCAAGAACAACACAUCUCAUCUCAAGACCUGCCAACUCAACCAGAAGCUCUUAGUUCAAGUCAUCCUAGCUGAUGCAUCUCCGCCGUCGCAGCCACCAACACCGGCAGUCGCUCCUGUUCCUGUCGCGGAAGGAGGAGUGGUCUCAUCAUCUCCUUCUUACCCAUGGCCAUUAGGUCCAAGAGAAGGUUCAGCUUUCUCUCCGGGACCAUCUCCGUCAGAGAUCACAUCGGUGUCAGUUCCAGGAGAUGGAGUUCCAUUCAUCAACAGUAAUCCGGCGGUUCCACUUCCCACCGGAGAUGUUGACUCUACUUCCAAUAACCCUUUACCCACUUCCACAAGUUCAGCACAUGAGGUGAUGAUGACAGUAACGGUGAAGCUAGUUUUGUCUUGUGUAGCCAUGUUUCUUCUACUCUAGAGAGAAUAAUUAGUUGUUUUUUCUUUGACAGUAGUAGCUUUUACAAGGGAGGAAUAAUUACGUUUUCUGAUCUUAGUUGCUAAUUACAACUUAAGGUUAAUCUUGUAAUCAUUCAUUCUCCCUUUUUGCUCUUUUGGUUAGGAUGUCUCUUGUACGUUUCUUAGGGCGAUGUGCUAUAAAUCAAUGUGGUUUUUUUCUAAUCUCUGUGUGGUCUCCACUAGCUUACUCACUCAAAUGUCUCAUAUUUCUUUUCAGAAUGUUGUUACCACUAGAAAAU